AUGGCAGUUCAAAAUCUUGGUCCUCCAUCCAUUUCAGAAGGUUCAUUUACUGAUAGUGCUAGUCCUAUAUUAUCAGUUUCACCGGUGGAUUCUCCUCAUGACGCAACUCCAAUUAUCCCCAUUAAGCACGCGUCAAGUGUAUCAACCACUACUAGUAAAGCUGCUACUACGUCAGUAUCAUCAUCAUCAACCACAUCUGCUUCUGUGAAGACCACUUUGAAAAAUUCAUCAUCUUGGGACCCCAAAGAUGAUUUAUUAUUACGCCAUUUGAAAGAAGUGAAAAAAUUGGGUUGGAAAGAAAUUGCUACAUAUUUUGAUAAUAGAACUUCUAAUGCCUGUCAAUUUAGAUGGAGAAGAUUAAAGUCAGGGAAUUUGAAAACUAAUAAAACUGUUAGUAUUAAAGAUAUUGAUAAAGUUUUUUCUGAUUUAAAUUCCGAUAUGAACACUUCUAAAGAUAGAAAUUCCUCUAUAGUGUCUACCACGUCAAAAUUGAAAAAACAAGAUUCAUCUUUAUUAGAAUCAUCUACAAAUAAUGAUAAGAAAUCUUCAAUUCUAGGAGCUUCUAAUAUUUCUGAUUCAAAACAAUUAUUGUUAUCUUCAUCCAAUAACCGAGAGAGUAAUAUUAAUACAAACAAUGAUCAAUCUUCUGCUUCACAUAUUAUUUCAAAUAGUAGAUUAACAUCUGGAUUUAUGAAGCCUAGAUCGGCUUCUUCUAGUCAUCUUGGCCCAGGCCCUUAUCCUAAUAAGUCACAUAUUUCCAACUCAAACAUGAAUAUGUUUAGUGCUAAUUAUGAUAUUAAUAAUACUAUUACUAAGAAUAGUGAUAUUAGCAAUAAUAUUAAUAAUAAAAACAACAACAAUAAUAAUAACAAUAAUCUUACUCAUACUACUAAAAGUUUAAAUCAAUCUAAUACUGCCACUAUUAAUGGUAAAAACGUUUUUCAACCUCAUCAUAAUAAUAAUGCUAAUAAUAUUCUUUCAAAUAAUAAACCUUCUUCAUCUAUUAAUAAUAAUAAUAAUAAUACUAAUAAUAAUAAUAAUAAUAAUACUAUAAAAUCAAGUGCAAUAAUGAAUUCUCUACCACCUGAUACUGAAAAUGUUGGCCUAAUUCCGAAAAUAGUUAUAAGAUCAAGAAGAGCUUCCUCAGUUAUUCCAUCAUCUACAUCUAUUGCAUCUUCAUUCAGUGGUACAAAAUCUCGCAAGAAUUCUUUCUCUACUAGAUCAAGAAGAUCCUCUUUUAACGUUUCUACUGGUAAUUCAUUUGCAAAUACUUCUUCAUUUACCUCAAGCUUAACUCCAAUAGCUACGCCUGUUGCAAACCGAAGAAGAUCAUCAUUGAUUUCACCUGGUUCUUUCCCUCAUGCUCAUGUCCAUUCACAUCAGUAUACUCAUUCAUACCAACAUUUAACUCCAUCCUUUAGUAAUAAUCCAUCAUCUAAUUAUUACAGUAACAGCAACAGUAAUAGUUAUAAUACAUCUAAUUAUAAUACUAAUAAUAAUAAUUCUUUUGAUUAUAAUGCAUUAUCAAGCGCUGACUCCACCAGAAGAAAUUCUGUCAGCAAUAGAUCAGCUUCUUCAGUAUCAAAUACACCAUCUAAUUUUUCCAACAUGAAAACUAGUAGACCUCCUAUAUUUGUUGAUAUGAAUACCACACCCUCAACUACUCAUGAAAACUUAAAUAAUAGACGAAGAAAUAGUUAUUAUCCAAUUGAAUCUACAAGUCAUUGGACCAAUGAAGAAGUUAAUUUAAUCACUCAACAUAAAAAGAGAGGAUUAUCCAUUACUGAAUUAUCAAUUUUACUACCUACUAAAUCAGAAAAUGAUAUCAAGGAUCAUUUAAAUAUGCAUUCUGAUUCUAAAUUAUCUAUAUCGGAUGAAAUUCAAGUGAUUGAAGAAUAUAAACAACAAAAUAGUUAUCAUUCUACAAGUGCUAUCAAAGAUACAUCUAUUGAUGAAGAUACAGAUUUAGAAGAUGAAGAUUCUCAUUUAGAAAAUCAUACUACCAGUGGUAAUGUUAAUCAACCGAUUUCUGAUAAAACUGCUAAAUCGACCAAUGUUUUGAAUCCGAUUUAUUCUAAUUCCAAGAUUAAUCUUGAUAUUCAUAAUGAAACAAUGAACACUAAUAAAGCCGAUGAAACUACAGCUAAUGAUAAUAGUAUAUAUGAUUUUAGUGAAGAUAAUAGUACCACACCCAAUGUAUCAAGGAGUUUAACACCAAACACACCAAGUAACGUGUUAUCUAAUGUAUCUAGUAAUUCUACUUCUACUUAUGUCUCAAAUUCGAAUCCUACAACUAAAUCGAAUAAUUCUCAAUCCAAGAUUAAAAAUAUUAAUUUCCAAAAUAAUAAUCAAGCUGGGAGCACUGCUGAAUCACCUUCCAAAUCUAAUAAUACUCAAUUGAAUUAG